GUCAUCAAAUCAGGACCAACGGUUCACAAUUUACCAACCGCUCCAAAAUAAAAAUUGAGGAAUAGCUGUUUCGCUCGCAGCGAUAAGCAGAGACAUUGUUCGAAUAUUGGAAUCAAAGCAAAGCAGGAGAAGAUGGAAAACAGUGAGGAGCAACAAAAGUACAGAGUCCGGAAAUUGGAGAUCUCGGACAAGGGCAAAGGCUUCAUCGAGUUACUGCAACAACUCAGCGUUUGCGAUUCCGUCUCCGACAAGGAAUUCGAGGAUCGAUUUCGAGACCUGGAUGUUCUCGGCGAUGACCACGUGAUCGGCGUGAUCGAAGACGAGGCUUCCGGAAAGAUCAUUGCGACCGGGAGCGUGUUUAUCGAGAAGAAGUUUUUGAGAAAUUGCGGCAAAGUUGGGCAUAUUGAGGAUGUUGUUGUGGAUUCUAGCAUUCGCGGGAAGCAUUUGGGAAAGAGAAUCAUCAAGUUCCUCACGGAGCAUGCGCGUUCAAUGGGAUGCUACAAGGUGAUUCUUGAUUGCAGCGUCGAGAACAAGGCGUUCUACGAGAAAUGUGGCUUCCAGCAGAAAUCUGUUCAGAUGGCUAUGUAUUUUCCUUGAGCAUUAGUUUUUUUUUUUACACUUUGUUUCCUAUUGCUUAUGAAUAUUUUCCUAACGUCAGUAUGAUCCAUCUAUGAGUACGUCCGUUUUCCUUUCA